AUGCCAGUCGCCUGUCGAGCAGCCUUGGCGGCGCGCAUGCGCCGCAGGGAGUAUUGCGACAUGCUGCACAACGCCAGGGACAGCACUGAGAAGCUGGCGCCAGUCGCCCACCAGCAUGUCUCAGCACCGGCCGCCCUCGAGCACCAGCAGCCGCGCUGCGCCAUGCUCAAGCUCAGGAGGCCACCCUGCUUCUCGCAGCUUUGUGCAGCGCAGCGAGCGAGCAGCGCCGCACCAGGCGGACCCAUGGCGUGCUCAGCCAGCCGUGAGGCGGAGGCAGGCCGAGUGAGCGCGAGCCGCGCGGGAGGCCAUGCCCCGCGCACCGGCGAGCGAGUGGCACGAAAGAGUGCAAACCGGCGCCGCCUCCACACCGAGAUCUUCUUCGCGUACCUCGGGCGGUACAUCACCAAGUACGAAGGGCGCGGGCUGCCGACGCCGUUGGACGAGAGCCUUUUGGCGCAGGUCCACCGCACCGUGACGAAGCCGUCUGCGACGAUCGCCAAGGAGCUAGCGGCGGCCAACGCGCGCUCGUUGAAGCUCGAGUCCGAGGUCUCGGACCUCAAGGUGCAGCUACAGCAGGUCCUCCUCGCCAGCGGUGGGCACUUUGCCAACGAGCGCUUUUAUGGCAAGUGCCAUUGGUGUGGCCAGAAGGGCCAUCGCGAGAGCGAUUGCCCGGCCAAAGCCCGCGGCGACGCGCGUAUCUGA